AAUAAUAAAUUACAAUAAUAGUAGGUACUGAUAUCGAUGAUUUUAAUGAACUAUGUUUACCAACAAUUUUUGUUGAUGUUUUUUUUUUUGGUGCGUGUCAUUUGAUUACCAAUUCUAGUGUAUAAAAAGAUAGUUUUAAAAAAAACUAUUUAGUUUUUGUAAAUUAAUUUUAUACUUGCAAUUAUUUAAAUUUAAAUAUUAAUGCAUAUAUUUUCUUAACCUUUAUAGGACCAUAGUUAAUAAACUAGCUAAACAAAAUGAAUGAUUUCAGAAAAAAAAACUUUACUAGAAUCCAUAAAAAAAUAUAGUAAUUACUAAUUACUAUUUAAAAAUAUAAAGUUGAUUUUGCUAUUGGUACACCUGUGUGUUUGAAAAUUUUGAAAUUGUUAUAAAAAAAAUUGCCUGUUAAAAAUAAAGAAACAUGUCUUUUUUUCGAAAUUCCAUAUCAUAUAUAAUCUUUAAAAAAAACCCCCGGGAACAAUGACAUAAUAUACACACUGUAUAUAUAUAUAUAUAUAUGUGUAUAUUAAGGAUUGUGAUGAUGACACUCUUUACAUUAUAAUACAUCUGUGGACAUGUGUUGUUAUGUCCUUAUCUAAAUAAACUGUUCUGACAGCUCGGGCGACACAUCCGAUCUGUACGAGCAAAAUCAUUCCCACUGCGUAUGCCCACGGCUGGAGUCAUGCAUAAUGACUGAUGAGCUAUGUAACGUAUAUCCAAUAUAAUAUUUCGUGUAUUUGAAUAAUAAAUUAAUUUUUUCGAAAAUUUCUGAUGUAUUAAUUGUGUUCUUAGUUAAUAUUAAAUUAUAAAUAAAUCAAUAUAAAACCAAUUUCUUCUUCCUUUGUUCAUCAAAUAGGUACAUAUAUUAUAUGACAAGUCUGCAGUUGAAUUAGAAUAUUAAUUAUACGUCUAUAAUCAAACUUGACGUGUGCAAUGAAUGUUGUACUCCGGCACACAAAGUGAAAAAGAUUGUCAAAAAAAUUACACGAUGUCAAAUUGGAGUGACCACUUCAUGAAGAAGUGACCAUUUUGUGAAAUAUUUUCUAAUUUCACGAAGUGUAAUAUAUCCGUUUACAUUUCAUGAAAUGGUCAUAUUUUCAUGAAAAGUUCGAUUUCACGAAGUGGCUAAGACAUAAAUGCAUUAUAUUAUAUACAAUUAGAAAUAUGCAGGCACGUUAUUAUUUUAUAUUAGUUUUUAGGUUUAUAUAUUGUAUGCAAUAUAAUAUACACAUUGUAUAAUUAAUUUCUAAAGGUGCAGAAGGUCACAUAAAUAUUUUGUCGGUUUAGGUAAUGUUCCUUAGAAAUUGAGAUAGUAGUAGUGGUAUAUCUAAAACCCAAUCAUUAUAUUAUUCGGUUUAUGUUUAUUGACGAUAAAAAAAAAGUAUUCAGUCACAGUAAAUACACGUAGUACCACGGUCGUGCAGAGCAGUGAUCUUUGCACCGUCUGCAAUAAGACACAGACAUCAUAACUAUUUUCAAUUGUUUUUCUAUCAACAAUAAUAGUGUUAUUGUGUGUCUUCUGCAGUCUCGUUUUCAAUAACUUGGCCGUUCUCGAACAGCGCCCGUUUCGGUAUCCGUCGUCGUCUCGUCCGCAGCGGUUCUAGACGAUACAGCGCCGAUGUGUUCGCAUCACAGAAGUAAAGACUCCCAAAGGUCGUCAAAGUUUACCGCUCACGCUGCGGUCCAAUUGCAAAGGCGGCACAAUAACUCGACGUCCAGACGCUAUGACGAGGGUCAGCUGCUCGAAGAUCUGGGCCACAAAGAAUCCGUACAACUCGAACGUCUCGUCCACGAAACAUUUCCCAGGUGCAACGUAGACCUGAUACAUGUUGUCAAUGACCCGCAGAUGUAUGGCAUGUACUUGCUGCGCAAGGAAGAAAUGCGUCAUGGUGACAAGGAACGUAUUCUCUAUCACGUGACAACCAUGUCCAGAGCUUUGGAGUCGUUGAAAAGCGGACUUGACUGGAGGCGCACCGGGUGCUCCAAAUUAUUUGGAUGCGGUGUGUUGUUCAGCGACGACGCCGACUAUGCCAACUAUUAUGCCGACCAUUCCCCCAAAGAAGAAAGUCGGGUGAUCAUCGUCUGUGCCGUGCUGGUGAAUAAAACGCAGAGGGAGUCUGGCAAUCAGAAUUUGAUCGUACUGUCAGGCAAUUCCGACACGACCGUGAGCUCCAACGGGCGCGCGUACGUCAAAUACAACGACUACGACUUCUAUCCGAUGUACCUUAUGUACUACCGACGGACACUAGAGCACUUGAACGAAAGCAAAUAUUUCCGUAAUGACCCCCACGAUAAAUGGCGGCAAAACACCCGGGUGAAGCAUCAGCAGCAGCAGCAGCAGAAGAAGCAGCAAGAGUUGAAAGCGCAGCGCGAGCGAGAGCAGGCACAGCGUCAGCAAGAGCGAAAGCAGGUACAGCGUCAGCAAGAGCUGCGGGCGCAGCGAGAGAAACAGCAGGCACAGCGUCAGCAAGAGCUGCGGGCGCAGCGAGGGCAACAGCAGGCACAGCGUCAGCAAGAGCGACAGCAGGCACAGUGUCAACAAGAUCUGCGGGCGCAGCAAGAGCGAGAGCAGGAACAGCGUCAGCAAGAGCUGCGGGCGCAGAAAGAGCGAGAGCAGGAACAGCGUCAGCAAGAGCUGCGGGCGCAGCGAGAGAAACAGCAGGCACAGCGUCAGCAAGAGCGACAGCAGGCACAGUGUCAACAAGAUCUGCGGGCGCAGAAAGAGCGAGAGCAGGAACAGCGUCAGCAAGAGCUGCGGGCGCAGCGAGAGAAACAGCAGGCACAGCGUCAGCAAGAGCGACAGCAGGCACAGUGUCAACAAGAUCUGCGGGCGCAGCAAGAGUGAGAGCAGGAACAGCGUCAGCAAGAGCUGCGGGCGCAGCGAGGGCAACAGCAGGCACAGCGUCAGCAAGAGCGACAGCAGGCACAGUGUCAACAAGAUCUGCGGGCGCAGCAAGAGCGAGAGCAGGCACA